AGGUAAUAAUGGUGUCUGUCUUCCCCGGGCUAUUCUGGGGCGUACACAAGAUAGCAUGGCAGAAGAACCCCAGCAAACUUAUCAAGGCUAGCCAGGGCUCCCAGGCUCCUCAGGGCCUCCUACCGGCUACAGGCUGAGUCUGCCUAGCUUUGGACGAGGGCCCAUCACUUCCUGGUUCUGUGGCCCUAGAGCCUACCCACCUAUUAGGGUGCCCACAGGGUGGACACCCGGGCUCGCGUGAACAUCCCACGCAUGCAGACGCGGCCCGGGUGCGGGCUCCGGGCGCCGUGCAGUCGCUGCGCGGAGUGGCCGGGGGCGCGCGCGCGAGGGGCUGCGCUGAGCCAGGAUUGGCUGUCGCGAACCCUCGCGCCCCCCCUGCAGGCGCCUGGCAGCGCCGCCCCAGCCCGCGCCGUCCCCGGCCUCGCUCCCGGCCCCGGCUGCGGCGCGCGCGGGGCGCCUGGCCUGCUGCGGGCCAUGGGCGAAGCGGGCGCCGUGGGGCGCCGCCGGCCCUUUCCCGGGGCGCCGCGGCGGCGCUGGUGGCGGCGGCAGCAGCAGCAGCAGCAGCGGCGGCGGCAGCGCUGGUGGCCGGGCCGCGGCGAGGGCGAGGGCGCCGGCCGUGCCGCCAUGGGCCUAGCCGGGCUGCAGGAGAACGUGUUUGCUGGGCAGUCAAAGAUCUAUGCCUACAUGAGUCCGAACAAAUGCUCUGGAAUGCGCUCUCCACUGCAGGAAGAGAACUCCGUCGCACAUCAUGAGGUCAAAUGCCCGGGGAAACCAUUGGCCGGAAUCUACAGGAAGCGAGAAGAGAAAAGAAACGCUGGGAAUGUUAUCCGAAGCGCUGUGAAGUCGGAAGAACAGAAGAGCAAAGAUACCAGGAGAGGUCCCCUGGCGCCUUUUCCAAACCAAAAAUCUGAAGCAACAGAACCUCCAAAAACUCCACCCCCGUCAUGUGAUUCUACCAGUGUAGCGGUUGCUAAGCAAGCCCUGAAAAAGCCCCUCAAGGGCAAGCAGGCCCCUCGGAAGAAGUCUCAAGGGAAGACACAGCAGAAUAGAAAACUCACAGAUUUCUACCCCGUGCGAAGGAGCUCCAGGAAGAGCAAAGCUGAGCUGCAGUCUGAAGAAAGGAAGAAGAUAGAUGAGCUAAUUGAGAGCGGGAAGGAAGAAGGCAUGAAGAUUGAUCUCAUCGAUGGCAAAGGCAGGGGUGUGAUUGCUACCAAGCGAUUCUCCCGGGGAGACUUUGUAGUAGAAUACCAUGGAGACCUCAUUGAAAUCACCGAUGCCAAGAAGCGGGAGGCUCUGUAUGCACAGGACCCCUCCACGGGCUGCUACAUGUACUAUUUUCAAUAUCUGAGCAAAACCUACUGCGUGGAUGCCACUCAAGAAACGAACCGCCUGGGGAGGCUGAUCAAUCACAGUAAGUGUGGGAACUGCCAGACCAAACUGCAUGACAUCGACGGCGUGCCUCACCUCAUCCUCAUAGCCUCCCGAGACAUUGCGGCGGGGAGGAGCUCCUGUCGACUAUGGAGACCCGGACAAGGCCUCCAUCAAGCCUACCCUUGGCUGAAGCACUAA